UAGGCAAUCUGAUAGAUGGACCAAGGACCAUUUUCACCUUUAUUUAUUUCCCAGAUUGCUAUCACCAGUUUCUCACUUCACUAUCCAAAAACUCCAGUGGCCUAUUAUCACCUCUGGCAUCCAGAGCCCUUUGUAACCUAGCCCGCUCCUGCCUUUCUGGGAGUCUGGCACCUUACUCCCCAGCAUAUUCUCUUUGAUACAGUGAGACCGGCCUCCUGACUGCUCCAGGAACAAGGGUGGACCUUUCAGAUAAUUUGAAAGUAGGCUAUUUUUCAACAGAUCGUGCUACUCAAACAGACGUCUCUGAAGUUUUUGAAUUAAGACAGCUAAGUUAUACAACACAAAAACUAGUCAAGCUUACUGAUGUUCUUCAGCAAGAUUUUAAAUACCUCAAAUUAUACCUUGAGAUGCAGUUUAAGGACCAGCUGAAAGAAGAAUCCAUGAAACUCUACCAAAAACUACAAAUGAUUAUUCAAGAAGUAGUAAAUCUUCAUGAAAAGAAUGAAGACACAAUGAGAAAAAGCUUCUAUAAGCAGUUAUGUGAUGCCAUUGCUUCUAUCAAAGGGACCUAUUCGCAAUUCUUUGCAGUAGAUGAAGAUCUUUCAAAAAUGCCUACAGUGAGUAUGCACGUUUUCAAACAGAGGAUUUUGGAGAAAAAUGAUUUAAUAAGAGAAUUACAAGAACAAUUAGUGGCCUGCAAAGAAAAUGAAUGGCGCAGAUGGGAAUCUAUACUGGACGAAAGCACCGAGAGAAUGGCAUAUUUAGGAAAGGAGAUAAACGACCUCAGAAAAGAAAAUGAGAAACUGACAAAGAUCAUUUCGGGACUUGAAGAGGACGCUCAACUCUGUGAAAAGGCAAAUACACUCUUAGAAAGUGAACUUGCGACUCUGAAACAAAAAAUGGAGAGGGAUCAGAAAAUUAUUCAAAAGUUAACCUUAAUGAAACAACAUUUAAGUGAAAUUCUUGAAGAAGAGAAAAAAGCAAUUCUAGACAUGUAUGACAUACAAAAGGAAGAUUUAGAGGAAACGAGACUCUUCUUAGAAACUGAAAGUUCUGAAAGUACCAAGGAGGACCUGCUAAGGGAAGAAGGGGAAGAAACAAAGUCCUUGGAAGAUCAAGACUCUUUUAUUAUCAAGGAAGAAGAUAUAUCCCCUGAAGAAGAAACUAUAAAGUCCAUCUAUGAAGAAAAGCCACUUAUACGCAGGCCCAUCAUGCCAAGAACUUUGAUGAAAAAAAUAUCUCCUAUACCUCUAAGUUUAAUGAGAGAAAAAGUACCAUUAAUGAGCAAACUUGAAAAAGAAAAACUAGAGACGGAAGAUAUACUGUGGAGAGAAACAGAAGACAGUAAACAGCCAUUGGCGUAUCAAGUCUCAAAACUGAAGAGAGUUUUGGAAAUGCAGAAAAAAUACUUAAAAUGUAUUCAACUGGAAUCUGAUCAAGAAAUCAAACUGUGGGAAAGGAAAUACCUAAUUCUAAGGAACAGUUACCAUGCCCUCAAGAACGAAAUGUUUACUAGACAGUCAAUGGUUCGCCAAUUUGUAACGCUUUCCGAGACAUCUUUCAAUUAUAACAAAGCAAAGCCCUUAUACAUACAACCAAAACAGGGCCAAGCAGUGAAAGAAAAGUCAUAUCCAUCUACAGUUUUGCCCCAUGCAGAUGGCAGUAGUCAUUCUCAAAGCAGUGAAGACUUUUACCUUUCAAUGCCCACUACAUCAAGAGAAGUGAUUUCAGAAGAAGAAGAGGAAGAGCGUGAGAUGGAAUUCAGAUAAUAACCAAUACUGCAAUGAUAACUUAAAGGACAAAAAGCAGAAUACCAGGAGAAGAUAAAUUCAUCGAGAAGGCCAUGACUUUGCCUUAGUUCCAGAUAACCAAUUUUUUUUUUUGUUUGCAAAUAAACUGUUUAACCUUUGCCCCUUCCCGCUCCCAGAUUAUGCCUGGGGUUGAGUUCCUGUAGUUGAAGAGGAAGCUCUUCGGGUCUCCCCAUCAACGCUCAAUAUAUUCUUUUUUCAAACCUUUUUUCAUGCGUGUUCAGGCUAAGCCCUGGAUCGGACAGAUCCUCCAGGGGCUGCCACAACCCUCAGCUCUAUAGCACUUAUCCCCCUGCAGGCCCUAGGGCCUGGGCUACGUGCAAAGGAACGAUCUUCAAUAAAGAGGUUUGCCAAACUAGGAUUUUCUGGUGCACUCCGUAAUCCAGAACACGGAUAAGUAUCAGCCCCCACCUCUAAGCAGACUCUGGAAGCAGGAAUAAAGUCUGACCAAUAAUGCUACACAAAUCAUACAUCUGAGCAGCUGCCUUUACUAAACUAAAGCUCCCUUAAGGGAAAGGCAAAAAGGUGUGAGGUUGGCGGUAAACUCUUCCCCAAAACUGAGAGCGCAUAGCUCUUAGAAAAAGAAUAAUCUGAUUUUAAAUGUUCCCUCUCAAAAAAUUAGAUCCCUGCUGGGAAGUGAAAGACACCAUCGUCUGCUUUUCUUGAAAACCAGGAUGAAAGUAUGGGUUAAUCAACCUAUUUGAAGAAUGAAGGACCAUUCUUCCUUUGCAGCUCUCCAUGCGUAAUGUUCAGCUUCCACUUUCCCUAACGGAGAGUUCCAAGGCUAUAGCUUCAGACAUACCCUCUUAAGAAAUCCCUUCUGCUGACAUCUAACUAGAUCCUCAUUAAGCUUCAGGAAAUUUCUGAUAGCGAUCACCUAUAGCCGAAAUCCUCUGGCGCAAACAGAAAACUCUGGGAACAGACAAGUGCCCUGUGCGUAAAAGGAAGCAAAGGCUUUAACUAGAAAAGGCCGUCGCUAUUCUCAACCCCAGUACAUGAGGUGGCACAGCGCAGCCCAGCAUUAUUCGAGCUUCAUCUACUAUGCACUAUAUACCACCGUCUCCAAAGGAUUGUUGCCCUAGAAACUUGUUUUAAAUCUCCUGCUAUAUAUCAACACCUUGUUUUAGCAGUCUUUGGCUGAAUUACAGUUACACAGUUUGGCGCUUCUUUCAAAUUUCCUCCCAUCAGUUUGGCCAAAGAAAGGAAUUUUUCUCCUUUAGAAAUGAAUCGGCUUAAUUAGUAAGUAGAUUAAUGGCAAUUGCUGGUGAGUUGGUUUCCAGCAGAGUUUCACCAGAGAGGGUUAAUCGGAGUCAGGUCUGGAAUCUUUCCCAGAACUGGCUGCCAGCCAUUUCCACCAACCAAUCAACCCUACAAGAAACGAACGAGUGAAACAGAGUUUAUAUUCUCACUGCCAUUAUGCCUGCCCUAAAUUCCUAGGAAGCAGGCUAACAGUUGGAGGUGCAACGUGUUUGUUUAUUCCAGAAUGGCAACAGUAGCCUUAAAGAUUCCUCUUGGAAAUUUAUUUAGAAACCAAAGGAAAAUUGCAAGCCACGUGGAACAUGCCUUCUAGGAAAGCCCAGAGGCUGUGGAAACUCCUGGGAGCCCUUUGAUAAUAUCCGAUGUGGAGAAGUUACCCAAACCUCCCCAAACUAAUUCCUCUACCAACAAGAAAUCUUUCAAAAGUUUUCCUGAGUGUCUUGCAAUAGUUUCCACUUUUUUCCCAUAGUGAUAAAAAUGCUUUCAUAGUUUAACCCGCAGCUGCAUUAGUCUUGCAAAAAAAAAAAAAAUCCCUGCUGAGAAAUGCAUAUAAUAGGAAAAACAGAUCGGCUGGACAGCAGUGUAAUUAAUGCCAGAAAGGGCUGAGGCCGGUUUCAUAGUUUGUCUUUUGAGGAUAUCAAGACGAGACCUGGUGAAAAAUGACGCAUGCUUUAGCAUUUCAGAAAGCUGGCAACUGGCAGAGCCUUUACUUUUUUUUUCUUUGACUUCAUGCCGCUGAACAAAGAGGUCGGCAGAACUAGCUAGGUUGUAAUGAGUUCUAUGUCCCUAGCACAUUAAGUGCAUCAUGGAAACAUAUUGUAUCGAAAUAGUUUGGAGGAGAAUACUGGGGAUGAAAGAGAAUGGGUGCUUUGAUCAGCUCCCUGGGGUCCUGAGUGCGCACAGACCGACUUGCAAGGAGUUAUUCAGCUCCAGCGAGACACACUUACAACACCAUUCAAAGAAAUUUGCAUAUCUGUAAUUUAUCACAUUGGUCCUGAACAUUUUUGCAAGGUAAAUAAAAGUUGGCUGAAUAAAAAAAUAUCAAUCAUCACAGAUAUAGAGGAAACUGUGAAGCCAGUUUUUCCUGAAAAAAAAAAAAAUAAAAAGUCCAUAAAAUGCAAAGCUUUAUCGCUGGAUUUCUUUUAAACAAUCCCUGAAAGCAAUAUAGGUUAGGCUCUGGGGAAGCUGCUAGAGGGGCCUUAGCUUCCUUAAGUUUUAAGAUUUUUCUCAAAAACUGAAACUACAUCGACAGCGUUAUCUAUAAGCAGGACGCACGGUGCAGAUGAAUACAGAUUUUGGAGAAGAGGAAAGAUGAUUUAGUUCUCAAUCUUUCCUUGCCGUCUGCAAACAUUAAGAUUAAAUCUCUCCCUAUCCUCUUGUUGAUUUCACUUGUUUCUUUCUUAAAAGCGUCAAAGUUGUUUGCAAAACUUAACAGCUCUAGGGUAUGAAAUGUCUAGGGAAGUGAUCAACAGGGAAAUUUCCUUUCUAAUUCUCCUAGACAAACAAGGGAAGAGUUAACAGGCAAGCAUUGUUUGGCUUUUUUUUUUUUUUUUUAAACAACUCCAGUUAACAGCAAACAAGACUCUUCAACUUGACCUUGGAAAAGGGCUAUGUGCCUGCAGAUAAUCUAUCAACGGACCCCCGGAUGACAAUGAUGUAUUUCAAAGUAUUGUCAGAUGAAAAGAUUGAUAAAUAUGCUGCUGCAAAGAGUGAGAACUUUGAAAAUAGGCAACAGGCAAAUAGCGUAGAGUGUGCUUCUUCCACCUCCUCCUCCUCCUCCUCCUCCUCCUCCUCGGUCCUCUGAGAGUGAGCCAGGCUAGCAGAAGAGAAGCCAGUAAAUCAGCCCCGUAAUAUUUCUUAAGGGGCACGGAAAAGCUGUGAACAGUACUUCUCAUAUUAAACGCAAUAUUUCUUUGCUUUCGUGGGGAACAAAAGUCAUAGCAAGACGUCUUUAUGGCUAAUUCAGUCAAAGGCACAUCUCUGGUUCCCCUGCAGAAAGGUCAGUGUCGUUGUGUUUGGUCCACCGAGGGGGUGUUUUCACACUGAAAACUAAGCCAGCUGUCCCUGUCAUACUCUCACCAUUGGGGAGCGCGCACUGUGCAUGGUUAUUAGCCACAUUCUACACCUGCAAAAUAUACCGAUUUCCAAGACUUUUCAAGCUCCCCCCACUCUUCUUAUUCCAAACACACGCCCCCCCUCUCCCUCCUUCUAAACUUUGACAACACAAUUCAAGCCCAGGAUGAAAGCGCUGGAGGCAAGAGAAACGUCGGGAAGGGGGAGGCUUGACAAGCGUCUCGUGGGUGUCUAUUGAGCUGCUAUCAAAGAGACUUCAAGUAUUUUUUUUUUUUUUUUUAAGUAUGAGAAACUUGCAAGUAAUUGCAUCGAGGCGUCACACAUUUGUGGCUGCCUCAAGUGCUAUUUGCUGAACCCUAAUAUUUAAUUAUGCGCGCAGGCACUAGGCUUGGGGCUGUAGCCAAACGUCCUUCAUUUAUAAGUGGCUCAUUUUGCUUUUUUGUUUUUGUAUUUGGCUUUAUUUGCAUUUAAUAUGCCAACGACCAAGGCCCCCGCGAACACUUCUUCAUCUUUCCAUUGAGUAUAUACGUAUAUUUAAAAUACCCAAACACACUCAUCCACCAUCACCCAGUUGCUGCACUUUCAUCGUACUGUUCCAAUUUGAAUGUCUUCGAGGGGGAAAAAAUCACCCGGGUGUCAUAAUUAGACCUCGAAGACAAUGUAAUGAAUUAGAGAGGCGGUGGGGCCUCAGGCAGUUUAGGAUAAUCAUCGCCUCAGAAGAAACCUAUGGAUAAACUUUCCCCAAUAUCUUCUGGUCACUACUUGAAGAUCUCCCGUGACAGGGAACUCACUACCUUUCCAGACAGCCCAUUCUAUCUUUGGUCAACUCUAAUUGUUAGGAAAUUUUAAAUGACAGAUGCUACAGAAACCGAUUUCGACUUGGACUGGAGAUUUGGGAUGCAGCCCAAAUAAGAGGCUAAAAAAGAUACCACAGAAGAAUCGGGGGG